GAUCCACUCCAACGGUUUCUCAAUUUCAUCCUUCUUCUCAAGUUUCCAUUCAAACCCUAAAAAUCUGCAAAUUCGCUCGCAGUCGCUUCUGAUCUUCACCAGUGGAUUCUAAAUCGGUCAAAUCUAAUGGGUUCUUCAAGAAAUUGGCUCAAAUCUCUCAUCAGUCACAAAAAGCCUCAUCAAAUUACAGAGCAAGAGAAAGUCGGGGAUGGGAACAAGAAGAAAUGGAGGCUAUGGAGGAGCGUAUCUGAUGGAAAUGGUUCAUCGAGUAAACUUACGAAGAAGGAAUUUCUCGAAUCAACAGAAUCGCACGAUUCGAAGCUUUUGGCUAACGCUGUGGCGGCGGUGGCUCGAGCUCCGUUGAAGGAUUUCGUGGUGGUACGACAGCAUUGGGCAGCUCUUCGAAUCCAGACGGCUUUUCGUGGCUUCUUGGCAAGAAGGGCGUUGAGGGCUUUGAAGGCAGUGGUGAGGCUUCAGGCCAUAUUUCGGGGUCGGCAAGUGAGGAACCAGGCCGCUGUGACUCUGAGGUGUAUGCAGGCGCUGCUCCGAGUUCAAGCCAGAGUUAGAGCUAGACCUGUUACUGCUGGUGGUUCUCAAGAAGAAGCUGAUCCGAUCAAGCAGGCUGAGAAGGGAUGGUGUGAUAAUCCGGGAACUGUGGAAGAAGUGAAAAAUAAGCAUCAGAUGAGAAAAGAGGGAGCUGCCAAAAGGGAAAGAGCUCUUGCUUAUUCCAUUUUACAACAGAGAUCAAAAUCAUGUGCUAGUCCUAAAAGAGGUACGAGCAAACAAAUGCUCCAACAGAGGAAGUUUGACAAGAAUUACAAGCAGCAGGAUUUGAGCUGGUUAGACCGGUGGAUGGCUGCCAAUUCAUGGGAAACCGCUUCAUUGGACACCGUCCCGCCGGGAAACACGCCGUUUUCCCGGAGAAGUGAAGAUGUAGGCUACUUUCCUGACAGUUUCAGAACCAGAAAGAACAAUGUCACGACAAGAAUCUCAGCUCCACCCAAUCAAAUUGCUCGGUCUCCGUCUUCCUCGGAGUCUGUCUACGAUGAGUACUCUGCCUCCAUGUCGUCGUCGACCUCGGGGGCAGUGGCGGCGGCAGCAGGUGAAGAGGAGAUCAGAAGUAAGCCGAGUUAUAUGUAUCCCACGGCGUCAAUCAAAGCAAAGCAGAGAACCGGUGGCGGGAGGACGCCGGUGGUUGAUAACCGAGAGACAACGAGCAACAGUACAUGUUCUGAGAGUUCAGGGAGGUUAUGCCGGGAUAUGUAUCAAGAACCGCCAUUUGGACGGCGAGAUUGGGUGAGAUGCUGAAGAAAAGAGCCACCGCAUGCGGCGGCUUGCCGGGAAUGUAUGGGAUUUUAACUCUUUUUCAUUUCAACAACUUGUUGCCUUUUUGUGUGGUGUGUUUAUACAUUGUGACUAGAUAAUGGUGUCCCAAUACAAAUUGUUUGGAAUCUAA